AUUCAAGUCAAGAACGCUCUUUGCGUAAGGGCGUGUCAGCCAGCAGAAUGCGCCUCUACAUCUUGAUUUUGAUCGCGAUCGCGUCCGAAACUGUCCAGCAAUCGGACGACCUUUGCAGCCACUCUUCGCUCAACACGUGCGGAAAGUGCAUCGCCACGCCGGGAUGUGCGUGGUGCGAGUCGGAAGGAGACACGUCGAGGUGCGGAAAAGCAGCAGCCCAACAAUGGUGCAGUGGAAAAUUAACAAAUCCACAAACAGUUAUUCGUGCUCUUCAGGACAAUCCUCUGAGCACAACCGCCGGUCGGAUUGUCCAGAUCAAGCCGCAGAAAAUGUCCAUAAAAGCAAGGCCAGGGCAAAAGGUGCAAUUUGAGCUUCAUUAUCAACAGGCGAAAGAUUACCCCCUGGAUUUAUAUUACUUGAUGGACAUGUCAAAUUCCAUGAAGGACGACAAGGACAAAUUGUCCGCGCUGGGCUCUAAACUGGCGAGUGAAAUGAGAAGACGAUCGUCCAAUCUGAGAAUGGGAUUCGGUAGUUUCGUGGACAAGGUCACGAUGCCGUUUGUCAAUACGCUGACUGAAAUACCUUGUCCGGACUGUGCCCGUCCUUACGAAUUCAUAAACCAUUUGAGCCUCACAGACAGAACGGACAAUUUUGCGCCUGCGGUUCAUCAAACUCAAAUCUCCGGCAAUGUGGACACGCCUGAAGGUGGCUUUGACGCGCUGAUGCAGGCCAUGGUUUGCAAAAAUGAAAUCGGUUGGAGAAACGAAUCGCUGCGGAUGAUCAUUUUCUCCACGGACGCCGAAUCUCACUAUUCUGGCGACGGACGGCUUGGCGGAGUGGUUGAGCCAAACGAUGAGCUGUGCCACAUGCAAAAUAAUAGAUACACUCACGGACUCAUCCAGGAUUAUCCAAGCGUUGCUCAGAUCAGCAAUAAUGCGCGCAAACUGAAGAUGAACGUGAUCUUUGCCGUAACCGAAAACGUCAAAAUCACGUAUGAGAUGCUCAAGGAAGCAAUUUACAACUCGCAAACGGCUAUUCUAAAGGGAGAUUCCUCCAACGUGGUUGAACUGAUCAAGGAGCAAUACGACAAAUUGACUCAAGACGUAAUAAUGGACUAUCCAAAAAGCGACGACUUUGAAAUUAAGAUGUUCAGUCGGUGCAAAGGUGGCAACGAGCUCAGUGAAACCAACACGUGUUUUGUCAAGAAGAAAGGCGACACGAUCACAUUCAACGUCCAGCUGGAGGUGAAGCAAUGUCCAGCAAGUAAAACCCAAAAAAUCUACAUUGCCCCCAGUUCAAUCAACGAACGGCUGGAAAUUGAUUUGGAGGUGGACUGCGAGUGCGACUGUGAGAAGAUGGGUAAUUUCUUGGCCUCACACGAAAGAUGCAACCGGCAGGGCGACCUGAAAUGCGGCGUCUGCUCUUGCCACCAAAACUUCUGGGGUCCCAACUGCGGUUGCAACACAAAUUCCGUCUCAAACAAAGAAGAGGAUAAUUCGGCGUGCGAGAGAAACGGCGAAACUUGCUCCCAUCGAGGAGAGUGCAAAUGCGGUGCUUGCCUCUGCUACGAUCCUGACCGAUACAGCGGCCAGUUCUGCCAAUGCGACAAUAAGAAAUGCGCCGUUGGGCCUAAUGGCAAAGUCUGCUCAGGGCCCACUCAAGGAAGGUGCGACUGUGAAGGGUGCGUUUGUUUCGAUGGGUGGAAAAGCAAGCCUGACUGCAGCUGCUCGGACAAUACGAGUUCCUGCGUGCCGCCCACCGGGGGCCUGGCGUGCUCAGGACACGGAGAAUGCGUUUGCGGCGAGUGCGUCUGCAGAAUCGAGCAAGGAAAGGGAAAAUUCUUCGGAAAGUUUUGCGAGGACUGCUCCACCUGCCAGGACAAGUGCGACGACCUGAAGCCUUGUGUGCAGUACCAACUGCCGAACGAGGAAGGGGAGCAAUUGGGAAUUCCGUCAGGGUGCGAAGCGUACACUAUGCUUAAGGUUGAAGACCUGAACGAUACGACCCUGGCUGAAAAGUUGCAGCAGCAUCAGAAAACGGAGAAAGGCGAAAGAAGAUUAAGGAGGGAAACGAACGACGAGAACCCUUUGGGCGGUUUGGAGCCUCUACCUGAGGCUGAGGCUCUGUCCAACUCUCGCAAAUGCAAUUAUUACGUUCAGGGCUGCACUUAUUACUACAAAUAUUGGACUGGGCAAGACAAGAGCACCUACGUGUUCCUCGACACGAACAAGGAGUGCGUGGCUCCUGUCGAUAUCUGGGGCGUUGUCUUUGGGCUGAUUGGCGCCAUUUUGCUGGCCGGAAUUGUGAUGCUCGUGAUUUGGAAGGUGGCCACCACAAUUCACGACAGAAGAGAAUUCGCCAAAUUCGAGAAGGAGCGACAGGCUGCAAUGUUCGACGCGGGCCACAACCCUUUGUACAAGGAGCCUGCGUCCACGUUCCAAAAUCCAACAUUCAGCCAAAAGUAGUUUUGGACAUCCCAAUUUGUUUUGCGUACGAUUCCACCUUAAAAAUGUACUUAAAUGUAGUUUAACUACCUUUUUCUUUGAAGGAAAUUGUCCUUUAGAUGAUAAUUUCCGUGAUAACCGUUUCCAAUAAAGUGGUGCUAAAUUAAAUACAUA